CUUAUCGUUGUUAUAGCCAAUAUAUAGAAGCAGAAAACGCGUUUAUUCCAUUAUAUAAACGUGGUCAACAUCUGCAAUUCGAACAAUUUUUAAAUGAAGCUUCAAACAACUUAACAAUAAAUACCAAAAUGUCUAUCAUGGGAGUUUUGAUCACUCGUCUCUAUGACAUACGUGCUAUACGAGUACCAAAUAUGAAUGACGAACGUACAAUCCAAUGGUUACGUAAUCGAUUGCCAAAUAUGCAAUUUGACCAAUUUUAUAAAGAUAAAUUGUUAGCUUUUAUUGAUAAUGCGCAUCAACUUUAUAGUACUUCUUUGGAAACAAGCCAAAAAGAGCUAUUAAUUAGAUCUGUUAUCGUCCAUACUAUUGCACUUCAUUCAUGUAUUUCUGCGGCAAGUUCUCCGUUAGCUGCAUAUCUACAAACUUUGAAUGCUUGUAAAGAUACAUAUAUAUUGACAUCUCGCGUAGAUACUGAUUGCCUUCUUGAACUCGAUUAUAAUGUCAAUCCGGGUAACAAACGCCUCGAUCCUCAAGUAACUAAUGGAAGCGAUGAGAUGAUAACCCAGCCUGGUUUUGUUUAUGAAUCGAUCGACAGCAGAAAGUACAUAAAUUAUCGUCUUCGUGAUUUGACACCGAUUUCUUAUCGUAUAUUGCAUCUUUUCGUUCAUGUUCUUAUUGGAGCUGCAUCGGAUAAAGAUCACCAAAACUUUUUCAACAAUUUGCAACCACAAAAUAAUGGAGUAAUUCAAGAACCUUUGGUUUAUUGUCAAAACCAUAUAGAGAACGAUUGGCAAAUACUGACAUGUUUGUUUGAUUGUGAUGAUGAAACAUUAGCGUUUGUGUUACAUUCGAUUUUACAUUCGAUGUCUGAGAAUCCAAACGAAGCAACGAUAAGACUAGACACAAUUGAAAAACGGAGAGCUUGGGAAAAUGAAUUUGCUCAACGUUAUAUAAAUCCUAAAGUUGCUAAUGCCCGUCGUACCGCGACGGACUUUCAGAAACUUAUUAAAGAUGCUCAACUCACACUUGAAAGUGAAAUUAACGAAACUUUGGAUGUUGAUGAAAAAUAUCAACUUGAUUUUCGUCCACGAAUUUGGCGACGAAUUGGCCAAACAAGCUUCGAAAAUUUGCAUGCAUAUUGUGUAGGGUACCCAAACUUUGUCACCGAAUUUCCAUUUCUGUCAUUAUUCUUUGAGUAUCAUGAACAAUUGACAUUGGUGAAACAUCUAAUGCCAAUUUUAAAAUUCUCACGAAUUCUUUCAUCAAUGCUGUGCUACCGAUUGAAAAGGAGUGAAGCACGCAAUCUUACAUUUGACCAAUUCCUUCAAAAAAAUGAAAAUCAUUCAUCAGAAAAUCUUUCUGAAGCGUUUGAUAAUUUUGCUGAAGCAUGGAAUUCUGUUAGAGAACAUGUUGUUCAGUUUGAAUGUCAUGAGUUUAAAAAGCCAAUGCCUAAAAUGACACGCAACCUUUCUUUGAUUUACGCGUUGUUCGAAAAAAGGGAUGAAUCUUUAUAUUUAUGUGGAGCAAUAGAAUUUUUAGCCAAUUUACAAAAUGAAUUUUUGCAACAUGUCUUAGCUCUUAAACCUGGUUGUCCUUCAUUAAGAUUUUUAGAAGGACAAUUGGUUACCACUAAGCGUAAUAUUCCGAAACAUCAGUAUUACAUAGAAAUGUUAGCUCUUUCCGAAGCACGUGCUAAAAACAUUAUACAUUAUACAUGGAAUCAUAAACUACUGUCCUAUAGUCAACGUAAUCUUGAACUUGGACAUGGACAAGAAAUCCAAUAUGAAUUACAUAAAAUUGAGGCAGAAUUAGCUUAUUCACUGCUUUUCAACAAAGUUUAUCUUAAUAAAAAAGAAAAAGAUUUAGGUUGGCUAGAUGUGUUUCCAUAUCACCUAGAACUAUUUUCAACCUCUCGAACCAUUUUGAGUGAAAUCAAAGAGCUAAUAUCCCAAGAACCAAUUCCAUCCGAAAAACUCGGAUUUUUUUCCACAGUAACAUCUAAAACUUUAUCAAAAUUUAAUUUUAGUAGUUUAAAUAUUGAUAUAGUGCCAAUUUUCGAUAAUCCAACCGAACUUUUGUCAGAACUUGAAAUUUUGCUUUGUUUUUUGAAACGAACUUCUGGUGGAGAUCGUGAAAUGGAAAUAACCAAUUAUCUUAAUAAAUGGAUGCGAUUAUCAACAUUAACCGAAAACCAACAAUUUCAGAAAAUGGUUAACGGACUAAGAUUAAAACAUGUAGUUGCAUUAUACGAAUUAGUGGAAGAAAAAAUUGCGGAUGUAGAAAUUGAAUAUUUAUCCGAUCAAUAUAAAGUUCAGCUCUCAGAACAUUUAAAAGAUGAAAUUAACGCAGGUAUAAACUUUGAACAAUCACAUAGUACUGGUGGUAGUGAAAUCAGCGAACAUAAGAUUCCACAUGGAGCUUUUGCUUUAGUAUUAAAAAGGUUUAUGUUCCGGUAUUUGACAUCGGAAAUGUAUAACCCUAAUGAGAUGCUUGCCAAUUAUUUGGCCAGAGAUACUUUCAUUGAUUGUUGGCCAGUUUGGGUGACUGAUGACGUUAUUCGUGAUAAAUUUCCAAAAUCAUUAUUAGCUGCACAUAUUUAUGAUGCAUAUCAAUACACAAUUCAGAAAACAACUUCUUACAAUAUUAAUAAUAAUCGACAAAGGGAUAUUCCAGCAAAACCGAAUUCAAACUCAAAUAUACAUAGUGGAAGUCAUGGAAAUCGGGGAAAUCGUGGUGGUCGCGGAGGUCGCGGAG